AUGGAAGACCCUGUGGAUGAUUUUAAUGAACAAAAUUGUGCUGUGUGUUUACAAAAUUAUGAACAUCCUACAAAACUUCCCUGUGGACACAUAUUUUGUUUUUUAUGUGCAAAGGGUGUUGCCCUACAUAAUAGGACAUGUGCAAUGUGUCGUAAUGUAAUACCAAGUGAUUAUUUAAAUAAUCCAGUAGUAUUAACACAGGACAAAAAACCAGAAGAGAAUCACAAUCAAGAUUAUCAGUGGUAUUAUGAAGGAGGAAAUGGAUGGUGGAAGUAUGACAAACGUAGUAAUACCUAUUUAGAGGAGACUUAUAGUAAAGGCGAAAAAGAAGGUAGUCUUCUUUUAGCAGGAAACCUGUACCGUAUAGACUUUGAGAAAAAUGUUCAAGUACGAGUGAAUGAUCAAACCAAAACGCGCAAAAUUCGAAGGGACACUCCAUUCUUACCAUCAAAAGGUAUUGCCGGAAUUAGAGUGACCAAUGGUUUGGAACCUGAACCUCAAGUUGAAAUUCGAGAAGAUUCACAAGAUACUGAUGGUGAGCUACAAAUUGUCGCCGAUCAAGAUAUUAACGAUACAGAUUUGUCAGAUGAGAAUUCGUUUUCUGAAAUGGUCCGAAAUUUAAGCGCUAUAACGUUACGAGAACAAGAAUCUUCAAGUUAUUUGCCAGAAACAGAGGAUACA